CGAGGAGAGGGCCCCCGGGAUGGAUUUCCAGUGGGUGGGGGCAGAAGGGCUGAAGGCUUGACCGCCAAUGGCGAAACAGGGAGGUCGGGGCACCGUGGACAGGUUGGUCAUGUUUUAAGAGGGUCUCAACGGUAGGGAGGAGCAAGACCGUGGAGGGCUUUGAAGGGAGGACAGAAGCUGUACUUUGUUCAACUCCUCUAACUUUCUGCAUUCUCACCCACACUGAAGAAGAGAACCACACUUGCUACAUUUUUUGUAGAGGAAAAAAAAACCUGGAUUUAUAAGCAUCUUUAAAUGGCAGAAAAUCCCAAUGGAUUUGUUUGCGUUGGUCCGACUUCGUCACCGGAUGAGAAUGAAUUGCCUUCGGGCUUCCCACCAAAUAUCUGCGACGAUGUGCCAGAGGAAAAGUACUUGUGCAGCUUUUGUAAGAACGUGUUGAAGAAAGCGCACCAAACCCUGUGUGGACAUCGGUAUUGCUGGGCGUGUGUUGAGUGGAUCGUCAGAUGCAACAAAACUCCCAUCUGCCAGAAAUGCAAGGAAGAUGACCCACAAAGCAUGAACGAUGACAGCAUUUUAUCUUUGGAAAAGGUUUUCAGUGAUGCUGCAGUCUCUAAGGAGAUUUUAGAUUUGAAAGUACACUGUAUUAAUCCUGGCUGCACAUGGGAAGAGAGAAUGAAAAAUUAUGAGGAUCAUGUGUCUCAGUGUGAGUAUUCACUGAUUCCUUGCAGCACUGGCUGCGGACUGAUGGUUUUGAGGAAGAAACUGGCAGACCAUUUGGAAAGAGAGUGCAAAAAUAAUAUGAACGAAUGCCAGUGGUGCAACGUGAAGAUGUUUAUGAAAGACAUGCAGGAGCAUCUGUGUGAGGAAGCAUCCAUCAAAGAGGCAAAGCCAUUUAAAGAUGAACCACCGAGCAGGGAAAAGUCUCACUUGCAUGGAGGAAUCAAAACCCGGGACAAAUGUUGCUUCACAGAAAUAGGCUGUACUUUCAGGGGUGGUAAAGAGCUCCUGAAGGAUCACAUGAACUCUUCAGUCAAUGUGCACCUCAACCUGCUGCUUCAGUUUACCAGCACUAUAAAAGUCAACUUGUUGCAUGGUUGCAACCUUGCUAAUGGAGACGAUGAGGAUGCCUCAGCUGUCGCACUCAUAAACUCCAAAACCCAGCAUCUGGAGAAGCGACUGUCCUCUCUGCGCUUGCAAGGCUCCCUGUCUUCCCUGCAGUCACAAGUAGCCGUGGAAUCGAACGGCUUGGAAUGUGACAGCGCUGAUGGAGCUUCCUAUUCCGGCAGCAUUACCGAUUUACCAUUGGCACUGUGCUCUGGGGAGACGUUAACAGAGUGUCAAAGCAAAAUCAGCGGUCUCGAAAGGAAAAUUCAGACCUUCGAAAAUAUUGUGACAGUUUUGAACCGGGAGGUAGAGAAAGCCCAAACCACUAUGGGUGCAUUUGAAAGACAGAACAAGCUCGAUCAAGACAUCAUUAAAAACUUGGAACGUAAGGUCACUGAUCAGCAGCAUCUCCUGGCCCUGAAAGAUGUGCUCCUCAACGAGCUCCGCAUGCAGAUCCUCGCCGUGGAGGACGUCUCUUACGAUGGAAUAUUUAUGUGGAAGAUUACAGAUUUCACUAGAAAGCGCCAGGAAGCCAUUGCGGGAAGAAUCACCAGCCUUUACUCUCCUGCUUUCUACACCAGCAGAUACGGGUACAAGGUGCGGAUGAGGGUUUACUUAAAUGGUGACGGAGCAGGUCGAGGAUCUCACAUCUCGCUGUUCUUUGUUAUGAUGAGGGGUGAAUACGAUGCCCUGCUCCAGUGGCCUUUCAAGCAGAAGGUCACCUUCAUGUUCCUGGACCAGAACAACAGAGAACAUGUGAUUGAUGCCUUUCGUCCUGACCUGAACUCGUCCUCGUUUCAGAGGCCAGUGAACGAGAUGAACAUUGCCAGUGGCUGUCCUAUGUUUUUCUCACUGUGUAAACUGGACUCUCCUAAACAGGCCUACGUGAAAGAUGAAACUCUCUUCAUUAAAUGCAUCAUAGAUACGCCCACUUAAAAGAGGAAAUUGCAGGGACUAAUUUGCAUCAACAUUAUUUGUAUUUCAGGGGAAAAUGUUUAUUGCUAAAAUAAGUCAAAUACUACAGUGGUUUAGUGAUGGCUACAUCAUGACCUGUGGAGUAGGCCAGGGAGGUAUAAUGUUAGACUGCUUGGGGGUUUGCUGAUGGCCCUACUCUUUCACUGAAAACAAGAAUUUUCCUUGUACUAUUUAAUAUUAAGUGAGGGAUGCCAGGGAGAUUUAUGACAUGGAUUAGUACUGAGGCCAGUUUUAUAGUUGAGUAAGACAUACACAAAGGUACAUUUUUAUUCAAGACUGAGAUUGAUAGAUUUCCUGUGGAUAAAGGGAUAUCGGGAU